AUGGCGGCGGCGGCGGCGGAUGCCGGCGGCCGGGCCGCGGUGCGGGGGCGGCGGCGGCGGGGCCGGCCCGCGGCCCAGGAGGAGCAGGAGGCGGUGGUGCUGGCGGUGGCCGAGUGCCCGGUGUGCCGGCAGGCGCUGGUGGAGGCGGUGACGCCGCCCUGCCGCCACUCGCUCUGCCUCGCCUGCUUCCAGCGCUGCCUGCAGGGCCCGGGCCUCUGCUGCCCGCUGUGCCGCAGCCGCCUCUCCACACGGGCCCGGCGGCAGCAGGCCGAGCCCGCAGCCACCACGGCGGCCGGAGCAGCGGGCGGGGAGCAGCGGCCGCCGGAGCAAGACUUUAUAUUCAGAGCACCCAUUAAAUUAAGCAAAACAGGAGAGCUCCGAGAAGAAUAUGAAAGCCAGCUGAGGAAGCUGAGAGAGGAAAAGCUACAAGAAGAAAAGACGUCUGAGGAUCUGAUUCACAAGUUCAUCCUAGAUGACAUGGACAUAGGGAAAAGAAAAAUGGAGGAGCAGCAGAAAAAAGAUGAAUCUGUAGUGCUGAAAGGGAACCAGGACUGUUUUCCGGAGCGUCUCUCGGACUCGGAGAACGAGGAACCAUUCCAGGGCAAGCAAACACACCGCUCAGCUUUUGUUUCCAAGACCAGCGCUUACUCCUUUGCUUUCCUUUCAGGGAAUUUAACCUCCAAGGUGGAGAGGAGCCGGAGCUGCAACGACACCAUUCAGGAGAGAUCCAAGAGCAGGCAGAGGUCAGCCCCAGCCACCAAAGCCAAGGUGCCGGCCGGCCCCGCGCCGCUGCUGGGCGUGCUGUCGUGCGCGCAGAACCACCGCUGCCUGUCGGCGCCGGAGCUGAGCGCCGAGCGGCGCCUGCUGCUCAGCGCCGCCUCCUCGCUGUCGGCGCUGCACCGCCCCGAGCGCUCCAUCAGCCCCGAGAGCAACGACAGCAUCUCCGAGGAGCUCAACCACUUCAAGCCCAUCGUGUGCUCCCCGUGCACGCCCCCCAAGCGGCUGCCCGACGGCAGAGUGCUCAGCCCCCUCAUCAUCAAGUCCACCCCCAGGAACCUGAACCGCAGCCUGCAGAAGCCCACCACCUACGAGGCCAGUCCUAGGAUACUGAAGAAGUGGGAGCAGAUAUUUCAGGAGCGUCAGAUCAAAAAGACUCUCUCCAAAGCAACCCUCACGUCCUUGGCUUCGGAGCCCGGGGAGGACGUCGUGGUUCCUGACAUCACCAACGCCAGCAGUUGCACUAAAGAGCAGCCACAAGCGCAGGAGGAUCACCUUGCACCUGACACGACGACGGGAGAGCCUCGCCCUGAGCUGGAUUUCCUCCCUUCUGUCAGUGAAGUGAGGCUGGGAAGGGGCAGUGAGAAGAACGGGGGUUCGCAGGCCUUAGCCACUGAUGACGGUGCUGCAGAACCAGAUGUGAGAUCAAACGUAACCUCCCUAAACACACGGGUGGCUGAGGCCCCCGACCUGAAGGUGAACACAUUCAUGGACAAGUCCUGCCUCAGCCUGGGCCCCAAAGCGCUGAGCAGGAGGCUCAUGGGCAUCGGCGCGUCCCUGCCCGACGGCGGCGCGCUGGCAGUGCCCCUCAAGGGCAAGAAGCAGCUGAAGUACCUGAACAACAGCGAGCUGAUCAACGUGCAGAACAGCACGUGCAGCUCCGUGGAGAAGCUCCUCGGCGAGCAGGCGCCGCUGCUGCGCCGCGGCCGCAAGAGACGCUGCAAAACCAAGCACCUGGAGCACAACGGCUCCGUCAAGAGACUGAGGCACGCGGCCCCGGGGGAGGCGGCGCUGCCCCCCGAGGGCCGGGACAGCGUGGAGCAGAAGCUCCAGCAGGAGGAGGAGGACAGGAGGCUGGCCCUGCACCUGCAGCGCAUUUUCGACAGCGAGAACAGGACGGUGGAGAGGCGCAGAGUGCGCGUGGACCGGUACCUGCUGCGCUCCAAGAGCACGCUGGGCGCCAAGUAGCACUGCUGGGCCACGCUGCCUUCCUGGGGGACAGUGAGCUUUAUCAGAUUGUCUUAGAGGAAAACUAUUUUUUGCCCUACUUCACCCACGCAGUUGUUUUUUCGUUUCGGUGGUAAGACAUUUCUGGGUCCAGUUCAGAGAGAAGCCAG